UUCCGCUCCUCUCCUCUCCUCUCCUCUCCUCUCCUCUCCAAAAACAUAAUACAAGUACAACGUCCACCACAAAAAGCCCUCGGCUAACGUGCGCACGACUCCGAUCCAAGUCUACAAAACUAUCAUGCGCGCGCUUUCUGCAUCGUUAGCUGACUUGUAAACAACCCGGCGCAUUUUAGCAUUAUCAUUCUCGUACUCUUGGAAACCAACCCCAAACUCGAGUCCGUCGACGGAGAAACCUCUCUGUUUAUUCGAUAAAGCUCGUGCAGAGUUUCAUCGGCCAAAGAUGGAGGAAAUCGUUCAGGAAGAUGUGUAUAAUCACGGUGAAGCCUCCUCGUCUAGUAGAAGUGAGGAGGAGCAAUGGAUAGAAGGAUUGCUGACAAAGCUAGAGAUGGACUCGGCUUAUACGAGUGAAAAACUGCUGAACCUGCAUGUUCUUCUUAUGCACCUUUUGGCUUGGGAUAAUGAUCUUGAAGGGGUGGGGACACUUGAUUCCUCUGCAGCUUCCUUUGAGAAAGCUUUGACGUUUGAUCUGCUAUGCGGUAUAUUGGAGUCUGAGGUGAAGGAGGUGGACGAGGUUUUGGAUGAGCUGGAAGCCCAAAUAGUUGACACUUCUUAUAAGUUAUCUAUUUGCAAACACCCAAACUCUAUCUUCAUGGAAGGCAAGUUGGGUGAAUCUGCAGAAUCCUUGAAGCAGUCUAGGGGACAAGUCUCAGAGAUCACUCUGCAGUUAGCUCAGCUUCGAAGAAGGCUUCAUUACAUAAGAAAUGGCUCAAGUGAAAACGAGGAGUCAGUGGGGUAUUUAGGAAGUGGUCAAGAUUUAAGGCAGAAGUAUGUGCUGAGACCAUCGGAUCUACGGCAUAAAAAUCCUCUGAGGAUGCUUGAGAAGUCAUUAGCAAGAGAGUUAGAGCUUGAGAAGAAGCUAAUAGAGUUCCAGCAAAACGAAGAAGAGCUGAAACUCAAGCUACACUACACAGAGGAGGUAUCUUCUAGGAUGGAAGAAGCAUCAGAGUUUAUAUGGGGACAGUUUCUAGAAGCAGAAAACUCUUCAGAGGUGCUUAUGGGUAUCUCAAAGGAGCUUGUUGGCCGUCUUCAGAUUAUCCAGUUGAGUCAGAAUGGUUCAGCACAACGAGAGUCAGAACUCAAGGCUAAGCUUGAAGAUCUCACUGUACAGCUCGAAGGGAAAGAUCUUUUGGUGCAAAAGCUUGAGGGAACAAUUGCGGAAAAUCGAGAAAUGGUUUCAGAAGUACUCACUUUAAGGGAACAAGUGAAGUCAGCUGAAGAAAAACUCGAAAAGACCGAGACUGAGCUGAAGAGUGUCAAUGCCUCUAAACAAGAAGUUCUGUUACAUCUUGCUGAAACGGAGGAUGCGAAUGAGUCCAUCAAAGAAAGCCUUUUCGAGGCUGAAAGCAGAGCUGAGAGUGGAGAAGCCAAGAUUAAAGAGGUAGAUGCUGCAAAUCUUGAACUAACAGAGGAGCUAAAUUUUCUCAAAGAUGCUGAUGACAAAAAGACAAAGAAGGUGAGCUCAAUCGAGAAGCAGCUCAGGGAAUUAGAAUUCCAAUUACAAAACUCCAAGGUAUCAUCAGAAGCAAGUCAAGAACAGCAGAACAUGUUGUAUACGGCGAUAUGGGAUAUGGAGACUUUGAUCGAAGAUUUGAAAUCUAAAGCCUCAAAAGCUGAGAGUAGAACGGAGACAGUUGAGGAGAAAUGCGUUGUGGUUUCUACAGCUAACUCUGUACUUAACAAAGAAGUGAUUCUUUUGAGGCAAAGAGCCAAAUCCUUGGAAGCAUCAUUGGAACUAGCUAACGAUGAGAAAGAGAAAAAUGCACAAGAAAUAACUGUGAGGAACAAGCUUUUGAUGGAUAUGGUGAUGCAGUUAUCCAGUGAAAGGGAACGUAUACAAGAACAGCUAUAUUCUUUGGCUAAGGAAAAUGAAAAGCUGAGAGUGAAUCAAUGCUCAAUGGGAAGUAAAUUCCAAAGAAAUAAAACUUAUGCUGGGGACAAAGAGCUACCUUUUAAUGCUGAAAGUCUGCAGGAGGAUGAGAGAACAAGGGAAGAACCAGAAACUGACGUUGAACCGGAGGAUCACUAUGCCUCUGAAAAGAGUAGCAUGAACACUGAGAUCAGAAGAGCACCCAACUUGAGACGCAUACUAGUUUUGGCCUUAGCUUUUGUGCUUUCUUUCAUUCUUUGCUUUGGCGUUUGUUACUAGAAAAAAAAAUCAGUUUGAAAAAUUUGUCUCUUGGAAAUAUCAUUAGCCAAUUGUAUAUUUGGUUGUAAAUGCUCAAUGUACAAUCUGUGCAAUCAAAUA